GCCUUGGUUUAUGUUGUUUACUGGAAAAGAUGUCUGGUCUUGGGAGACUCGUCCUAUCCGCAGCUCGCUGCCGGUCUUCAGCAGCUGCAGCUGCGGCAACUGAUCUGAGGUUCAAUGCUGGACGUCGGCCGGCGUCAGCUGUAGUUGGCAUAUCGGCCGUACAGCGGCGCCACCAUCGCAACAUGGCGCACGGCCCCCAGCCGCCGGCGAGUCGCGGUUACCGCGCCUACCAGCUGCUGAUCUGUGGCAUGCUACUGGCGGCCAUGUUUAACUGGAAACUAGCCGCUGAAAUCUGGAACCGCAAGACAGCCGUCAAGGCCAAACAAGUGGAAUCUCGAGACAAAUCCAACUCAGAAGAUGGAGAGCACUCGGAAAGUGAGGAGGAGGAAGACGAGGAUGAUAAGAAGGGAGGUGGAAAAGUUGGCUUCAGAGAUAGAAAGAUUAUCGAGUACGAAAACCGAAUUCGACAAUACUCGACUCCUGACAAGAUAUUCCGCUAUUUCGCAACAUUGAGAGUGGUGCAAGAGCUACCGGAUGGCACCUCCACUUCUGAGGUGUACAUGACACCGCAGGAUUUUCUGCGAUCGAUCACACCCGGGGUCAAGCAGCCGGAAGGUCUCGGUCUGGACCAGUAUCGCCGGUUUGACCCGAAGCACCACCACCACCAGCACCACCCGGCUAGCCACACCACUGGUGCGGCAUCUGGUUCCUCGGAGUCCCAUUCGGAGACGGUAAAAAGUCUAAAGCUAGCAUCCGCCGCCGCCCGCCGCCUCGGUUUUGUGAAGGCCGAUGGUG